CAAAGUGCUCGUGCGACUGAGACUGACGACCAGUGCGGUCCCAGUCCCUUAUGUCUUUUUCUUUUUAAUUUUGUUUUAAAAAAACCGUGUUAACUUUUGAUUCUCUACGAACGAUUCCAAAUGCAGUAUAGUAAACGUUAUCGCCGAAGAUUUGCGAACAAGGAAGGAGCCUCGACGCAGAGAAAUACAGCACACGUCGCCGUUUGUCAGAUGACAUUUCAACACUUUUGACCAAGAAAUAUGUCCGCGCCAGAGAUAAUGCUUACAAGUGGUUCAGCGUCAGAAGAAAUCCUCCAUCAGAGGCUGCGGCACCUGAGCGAAGUGAUCCAACGGCAGCUACGGGAGACAGAGAGGAGGCACAAAGAACAGUUGGAGAGCAGGAUUCUUCACAACACUCUCCUCUCAGCAGAUCUAAACCGACUGUCUCCUCAGACGAAUUAUGAGGGACGGAAGAGAGCUGCCUCUCCACUUGCCCCAAAGCCUGACAAUAAUCCAUCAAGCCAUUCUAGGCUGUCGGAGUCGUCUGUUCCAGCCUCGGUAUCUUCAUCAGAGCGCAAGCAUCAGUCCACUCUGCCUCCCACCCGGACACGGCACUGCGAACGAGCGGCUUCAUGCAAAACAACGCAGCAGAUGAAAGAGGAGGAGGCUGAGGCGGAGUGCAAGAAAAAGUUCAGCGCACUUCCUGUCCCCAUUCAAGUCAGACUUCCUCUCUACCAGGAGAUGAUGGAGCAGAGGGACAAGGAAAGGAAGCAAGGGUUAGAGCAAAGGAAAACAUUUCUGCUUUCUGUUCAGAAACCUUUCAGCUUCCAUCAGAGAGGAAAUAAGAGACAGGACAAGCGGGUUGGACUGUUGAACCAAGUUUCACAGGACGCAAAAAAGACAACUGGAAAUAAUGGUCAACAGUCCUCUCCCAAACAAGUUAAAGUCCCAACAGACCAGGAGCGUUGCAGGAAAAUCCACAUCAGCUGCACACAACAGGAGAACCAUGAAAAGCCUAAACUUCGCCUUGCAGAUUGCACCAGAAUGGAAAAGAUGGCAUUCCUGUAUGAGAAGCCGAGCUUCCAGCCCACGAUCAACCGCCGGGUGCCUGAUUUCAGCCGGCUGCACAAAGCUCUGCAGACCGACGGUCGGAGAACAUCACUAACUCAAGGUAUGACCAAGUGUCAACCUUUCUACCUGAGAACAUCUGCUCUCCCUGCCGGGCAAAGUAAGCCGACUCCUGAAAAGUCACAGAUAUCCAGUCAAAGUAAUUUGACUCGAAGUAAAUCAUGCGGUGCCUUGAAGUCGCUGUGUGCAGACACACUCCCAAUUUACGUCACAGACGCGACAAGGAAACGAUGCGUGGCCAUCAGGACUUCCACGGAGAUGAGGGAUGCGAAGAAUAAGGAGAGUGCAGACCGGUCGAGGAAAUACCAGAGCAGGUCGGAAGCCAUGAACAAGACUGUUUCCCUCCGCGCCAAGUUGCUGGACCCUCACAAAAGCUUGAGAGAAGUCUACGACGAAAGACUGCAGCACCAUCGGGAGACGGAUCGACAAAGGACAAGAGAUUACCUGAGGGAUCUACAGGACAUGAAGGCUCGCGUAGGAGAGCGUCCGCUUUUGUUUGAACAGGUGAAACAGAGAAAUGCCAAAGCUCGAGCAGAACAAGCAUACAAGAAUGAGCUGAAGAAAGCUGGUGUCAAAGAGCAGUUUGUUGAAGAAAAGGGACACGCGGUGAAGAUCUGAGACUGACACAACACUGCAGAUGUCCACAACACUGACAAGGGAAGAAAAUGUAGACGACGGUGGAGAAAAUUGAAGGUGUGGAGGAGAACAGCAUUGGAGUCCAAAGAGGAAUGAUUGUCAUGAUCAGACGGUACAAUGUUUUUGUGGCCUCCUGGCUAGAACAUAACACUGUAUUCAAAUAUGACUCACGUCUACCUAACCACAUCAACAAUGGCUACGCCAGCAUGCGCAACUAGGAAUUAAGAAAUCUCAAAACAUCUGAACCUCACAAUUCCAAGGGUAAAACAUGCAACAAUAUUGUAAAUAACCGUGCGAAUGAGCCACGCAAUAUAAUAUUUGAGAUCUUUGUAGACGUAUGCGUGUUGCAUCUGAUCUGAAAUAAUAAUGUACUCCAUGGAUUUGUGGACACUUGGUUAUCAAAAUAAA